GAGCCGAAGUCUGGUCCCAAAUGGGCUUUAUUAUUGGCAAAACAUAUACUUAACAAAAAGAUCUUUCAGGUCAAAGAAAUUGGCAAAUAUUUAAUGGAUUUAGCCACAUUUGUUUCAACCCUUCUUUGUUUAGCUCUGAUCUCCAAGAUCACGUACAAAUGGCUCAACAGCAAGUCCCCACACAAAACCGAAGUGCAGCUCCCUCCCGGCCCACCAAAAUGGCCUGUAUUUGGCAACCUCCUGCAGCUGAGCAAACUCCCCCACAGAGACCUCGCCUCUCUGUGCGAGCAAUACGGCCCGCUCGUCUACCUCCGCCUCGGCAGCGUGCACGCCAUCACCACCAACGACCCAGACAUCAUACGCGAGAUUCUAGUCCGUCAAGAUGAUGUCUUUGCCUCCAGGCCACGCACUCUUGCUGCCAUUCACCUGGCCUACGGCUGUGGCGAUGUGGCCCUGGCCCCGCUGGGGCCGAACUGGAAGCGAAUGAGGCGGAUAUGCAUGGAGCACCUGCUGACCACAAAGCGGCUCGAGUCCUUUGCGAGACACCGCGCCGAGGAAGCUCAGCACCUCGUGCGGGACGUCUGGGAGAGGGCUCAGACCGGGAAGGCAGUGAACUUGAGGGAGGUUUUGGGUGCGUUCUCGAUGAACAACGUGACUAGGAUGUUGCUGGGGAAGCAGUAUUAUGGGUCUGAAUCUGCAGGGCCACAAGAGGCCAUGGAGUUCAUGCAUAUUACCCAUGAGUUGUUUUGGCUAUUGGGGUUGAUUUAUUUGGGUGAUUAUCUGCCAUUUUGGAGGUGGAUGGACCCUUAUGGGUGUGAGAAGAAGAUGAGGGAAGUGGAGAAGAGAGUGGAUGAUUUUCACAAGAAAAUUAUUGAAGAACAUAGGAGAGCAAGGGAGAGAAAGAGAAUCAAAAGAGAUCAGGGUGAUGACGGUAAUGAUGAAUUGGAUUUUGUUGAUGUCCUCCUAUCUUUGCCUGGAGAAGAUGGAAAAGAGCAUAUGGAUGACAAAGAAAUUAAAGCACUAAUCCAGGACAUGAUAGCCGCUGCCACAGACACGUCGGCUGUGACCAACGAAUGGGCGAUGGCUGAGGUGAUCAAGCAUCCACGUGUACUUCGAAAGAUCCAAGAAGAGCUUGACUCUGUGGUAGGCCCCAAUCGAAUGGUCUCGGAAUCUGAUCUGGCCCACCUCAACUAUUUACGUUGCGUCGUACGCGAAACCUUUCGGAUGCAUCCGGCUGGACCCUUUCUUAUCCCCCACGAAUCGCUAGGCGCCACCACCAUCAACGGUUAUUACAUCCCGGCCAAGACACGUGUCUUCAUCAACACUCAUGGGCUGGGUAGAAACACCAAGGUUUGGGAUAAUGUAGAGGAGUUUCGGCCUGAGAGGCAUUGGGUGGUUGAUGGGAGCCGAGUGGAGAUUAGUCAUGGAGCCGAUUUCAAGAUUUUACCAUUCAGUGCUGGGAAGAGGAAGUGCCCCGGCGCGCCUCUUGGGGUGACGCUGGUUUUGAUGGCAUUGGCUCGGCUCUUUCACUGCUUUGAUUGGAGCCCACCAGAGGGAUUGAAGCAUGAAGAUAUAGAUACAAGAGAAGUUUAUGGGAUGACAAUGCCAAAGGUUGAGGCUUUGGAGGCCAUUGCAAAGCCACGCUUAGCAAGACAUAUGUAUCUGCAAUGAUCUGUAGGACAAAAUUUGAGAUCUGUGAAUCAUGUUCCUCAGGAGACUUGCAGUGGCGCUCCCUCACUCAAGAAGUUUCUUAAGCGGUGGCAAUAACCAUGAUCUUGCUAGUGCCAUUUCUGAGCUAAAU